AUGGCUGGCUGGUUCUCCUCAACGUCGCCUCUCGACGAGCAGAUCGAGCGGGCGACGGGCUCCUCGCUGGAGGACAUCGCUCUUAACCUGGAGAUCUCUGACAUGGUCCGAUCAAAGAGCGUCCAACCCAAGGAUGCCAUGAGAUCUUUGAAACGUCGCUUAGAGAAUCGAAACCCAAAUAUCCAGCUAGCAACUCUGAAGUUGACCGACACGUGUGUUAAGAAUGGCGGCACCCACUUCCUGGCCGAGAUCGCAUCCCGUGAAUUCAUGGACAACCUGGUUUCGCUACUCAAAUCUGAAGGCGCUCCACUGAAUCCCGAUGUUCAGCGCAAGAUCUUGGAGCUUGUCCAGAAUUGGGCGAUGGCUGCCCAGGGACGGAUGGAUUUGAUGUAUCUGGGGGAAACAUAUAGGAAGCUGCAAAACGAGGGAUUCCAGUUUCCCCCAAAGACAGAAAUGAGCGGCUCCAUGUUGGAAAGCAAUGCACCACCAGAGUGGAUUGAUUCAGAUGUCUGCAUGCGAUGCCGCACCGCCUUCAGCUUUAUGAAUAGGAAACAUCACUGCCGGAAUUGUGGCAACGUCUUCGAUCAACAAUGUUCAAGCAAGAUCCUCCCGCUUCCGCACCUCGGAAUCCUUCAGCCCGUCAGAGUUGAUGAUGGGUGCUACGCCAAACUCACCUCAAAACCAUACACACCAGCCGGCCUUGCCGAUCGCUCUGCAUUUAAGAAUCAUUCCAUCACCAAAUCUAGUGCUAUGGAGCCCCGGGGUGCCAAAGUGGAUACCAGUUUCGAUGACGAUCUUCGUCGGGCAUUGCAGAUGAGCCUCGAGGAAGCGGAAGGAAGAGGCCCCACUGGAUUUGUGCCGCAGACUGGCAAUGCUCCUGAACCACCCAAACCAGUCACUGCUCCUACUGCUGGCCCUUCCAAUGUGGAAGAGGAAGAUGCAGAUCUGAAGGCUGCAAUUGAAGCUUCUCUCCGAGACAUGGAAGAGCACAAGCAGAAACAUGCGGCUGCCUUGAAGAGCAAUCCUCCGCAAUCUGGUGCUCUCUAUGAUUCAUCCAGCACCCCCACGCCACUACCAAAGAACCCAUAUGAGCUGACCGCCGUGGAGGCGGAGAACAUUCAUCUCUUUUCUACCCUAGUGGAUCGCCUGCAACAUCAGCCUCCUGGAACAAUCCUCCGGGAGCCUCAAAUUCAAGAACUUUACGAGAGCAUUGGCACCCUUCGGCCCAAAUUGGCCCGCAGCUAUGGCGAGACAAUGAGCAAGCAUGAUACUCUCCUUGAUCUCCACUCGAAGCUCUCCACUGUUGUUCGUUACUACGAUCGAAUGCUGGAAGAACGGUUAUCUAGUGCAUAUUCUCAACAGACCCUGGGCUACGGUGCCAUUCCCGGUGCCGCACAGUACCCAUCCAUGCCCAGCGCGCCGUCUCAUGCCCCGGAUCUGAAAUCUGGUGCCGAGAACUAUUACUACACGAACGCGCCAGACAUUCCCCGCGCAUCCACAUAUGCACCCCGUCAGGUCAGCAGCGGCUAUGAUGCGCCCCCCAGUGGGGUGGACAGUCCGGCCUAUCAGCAACAGACGCAUAAUAAUUGGGGUCCGAACCCAUACCCAUCUUUGGGAUCACCUCCGCCGCAGAACCACGCCGUUCCCAAUAACCCGGUUGCUCCUGGACCGACUGGCGCACCUCACUAUUUCGCGCCCCAGCCCGAGCAAGAUCCCCCUCAAUCGCAAUUCUCCGAAACCCCUUAUCACCCUUCCCCAGUCAUGCGGCGAGACUCACAAUACCAGGCAAGCGCACCCUCCACCGGCCUCACUCCUGCUCCCGAACCGCACUCGUCCGAGCAAGUCCAAUCACCUACAUACUCCAGCGUGCCUCCAGCAGGACCCACGCAACAGCACCAGCCGACGGGGGCGCCUCCUCCUCAAUCUUAUUAUUAUCAACCCCAGCAACCUAGCGCGAUACCUUCAGGGUAUCCGCCAAUGGCAGCGGGCCAACCGGGCGCCUAUCCGGAUGCCACUCAAGCGCAACCCGCCGCCUCACACCAACCGGCCCGACCAGCGGUGGAGGAAAGCUUGAUUGAGCUAUAG